AUGCGGCAGGGAGCGGUGGAGUUCCGCUUUGCAUCUCGCUUGACGCCCGGCUUUGCUGCCGGCUGCGCCGCUGGCACCGUUCCGGCUCCGGGGAGAGGAUUCGGGGACAGCGAGCGCGGCACGAGGCUGCUCGCCGGCGCGAUGGCGGUGUUGGACUUCGUUAUUCGGGUGUUGUGCGGUUUUUUGGUGAACGUUACAGCCAAGACUGCCUUCCUGUUUAUCUUACCUCAGUAUAACGUUAGCGUGCCUACAGCAGAUGGGGAACUGGUCCAGUAUCACUAUGGGCUGAAGGAUCUGGUCACCAUCCUCUUCUACAUCUUCAUCGCCAUCAUCCUACAUGCGGUGGUGCAGGAGUACGCGCUGGACAAAAUCAACAGGCGUCUCCAUCUCUCCAAGGUCAAACACAGCAAGUUCAAUGAAUCGGGGCAGCUGGUUGCCUUCCACCUCACCUCCGUGAUUUGGUGCUUGUACGUCGUGGUGACGGAAGGAUACGUAUCAAACCCCCGGAGUUUGUGGGAAAACUACCCGCAUGUUUAUCUUCCGUUCCAGGUGAAGUUUUUCUACCUGUGCCAGCUGGCAUACUGGCUGCACGCCCUGCCAGAGCUCUACUUCCAGAAAGUUCGCAAGGAGGAGAUCCCUCGCCAGCUGCGGUGCAUCGCGCUCUACCUGGUGCACAUCGCCGGCGCGUACCUCCUCAACUUAACCCGCUUGGGGCUGAUCCUCUUGCUGUUGCAGUACUUAGCCGAAUUCUUCUUCCACAUGGCCCGGCUGGUCUGCUUCACGGAUGAGAACAACGAGAAGCUGUUUAACGUCUGGGCUGUGGUGUUCGUGGUCACCAGGCUCUUCACCCUCACCUUGUACAUCCUGGUCAUCGGUUUUGGGCUGCCACGGGUGGAGAACCAGGCCCUGGACCCCGAGAGAGGGAACUUGUUCAGCUUUCUCUUCAACAAUAUCCUCUUCAGGUAGGAAUAUCCCCUACCAUGUCUACCACCUUAUUUUUUUAGUGCAUUCUUUCACUUUCAGAUGCUGGGCUGGCGGGACGCUCGCUCCUCUCUGUCCCACGGCGCCAAGCAGCAAGCCAAGCCGCUCAAGAGGGACUCGGGUUACCAUGAAAACGGAGUGGUGAAAGCGGAGAACGGCACCUCACCGAGAACCAAGAAGCUGAAAUCGCCGUAG